CUGUUCCUUCAACGAAUGACUGAAGUUGUUGUUUGCAAGCGUUUCCUUUACCACCUUCGUCGAGAGGUGAGGCUGAGGCGGGAGUACCUGUACAGGAAGGCACAGGAGGACAGGCUGCGAACAAUAGAGGAGAAGAAACUGAAACUGAAGGAUGCACUCGACAAAAACUCUCCCCUUCCACCUGAGGUCCGCAAAGAAGCCCUGGGGCUGCAGAAACUGAUGGAGUACGAUGACGAAGGGGCAGAAGGUGUCAGCUCUCACAUGGAUGAUGAGUAUAAAUGGGCCGGAGUGGAAGAUCCGAAAGUGAUGGUCACCACUUCCAGAGACCCGAGCUCAAGACUCAAAAUGUUUGCCAAGGAGGUAAAGCUGAUGUUUCCUGGGGCCCAGCGAAUGAACAGAGGAAACCAUGAGGUGGCUGCGCUGGUGCGAGCCUGUAAAGCCAACAACGUAUCAGACCUCGUCAUUGUCCAUGAAACAAGAGGACAGCCAGAUGGCUUGGUUGUUUGCCACCUACCAUUUGGACCCACAGCUUAUUUCACACUCUACAACGUGGUAAUGAGGCACGAUGUUCCCAACAUAGGCACUAUGUCGGAGGCCUACCCCCACCUCAUUUUUCACAACUUCACCUCACGCCUUGGCAAAAGGGUGUCAAAUAUCCUGAAGUAUCUGUUCCCAGUGCCCAAAGAGGACAGCAGGCGUGUAAUCACGUUCGCUAACCAGGAGGACUUUAUCUCGUUCAGGCACCACACGUAUAAGAAAACUGACCACAAGAACAUAGAGCUGACAGAAGUAGGACCCAGAUUUGAAAUGAAAUUGUACAUGAUCAAACUGGGUACCCUGGAGAACGAGAGUACAGCAGAUGUCGAGUGGCGUCAUCACCCCUACACACACACAGCUAAGAAAAGGAAGUUCCUCAGUGUGCAGUAGGGCAUGACGAAUAAACCGGCUGCACUAUUGUCACAAAUGAUAAUUUCUGCUCUGCAGUUCCAUUGUGGUGUUUAAUGAAUGAUGAUUCAGGCUUUGUUAGAGCCACCUAAUAGAGAUAAAGAGUUAUACAAGUCAGUUAUAGAAAACUUUGUAUAAUAUACAGUAAUGCUCAGUUAAAUAGAGCAUCUCCUUCAGGCAUCCCAUUUGGUUUGAUCCUUUGAAUGCAUUGUUAUUCUUUUUUUAAUAAAAUAUGUAACAUUUG